AGCAGCAGUGAACGGCCGCGCGGGGUGAGGAAAUCCGAGCACCCUCUAUUCUGUCGCAUAUUUGGUGACGUCCAAUAAUCGACUUACUGUGGAGUGUCCAGGGCCGAGGCCUUAAGACUUUUUUUGUUUUUGUAAACGCUCGCUCGUUAAAACUGUGUGUGGAUGCCUAGACUUCGGUGCCCGUUUUGACCGGGUGUGAACCGAUGAAGCACUCCACCCCCUGAAGCAGAAACGGAUUGGAAACGUUAGCCAUCUAUUUAAAGCUACUGCUAACUGCCAGCGAGGAAGUGAGGAGCGAAAAAAAAUGACAUCUCGGAGGUGGUUUCACCCCAACAUCACAGGUGUGGAGGCUGAAAACCUCCUCCUGACUCGUGGUGUAGAUGGGAGUUUUUUAGCCAGACCCAGCAAGAGCAACCCAGGAGACUUCACCCUCUCAGUACGGCGGAAUGGAGCCGUCACCCAUAUUAAGAUCCAAAACACAGGGGACUACUAUGACCUGUAUGGCGGGGAGAAGUUUGCCACUCUUGCGGAGCUGGUGCAGUAUUAUAUGGAGCAUCAUGGACAACUGAAAGAGAAAAAUGGAGACGUCAUUGAGCUCAAGUAUCCCCUCAACUGUGCUGAUCCCACCUCAGAGAGAUGGUUCCACGGACACUUGUCGGGCAGGGAGGCUGAGAAACUGCUGACAGAGAAAGGAAAGAACGGCAGCUUCCUCGUGAGAGAGAGCCAGAGCCAUCCUGGCGAUUUUGUCCUGUCAGUUCGUACAGGAGAUGACAAGACAGACAGCAGCGACAGUAAACCCAAAGUCACUCAUGUCAUGAUCCGCUGCCAGCAUGACCUCAAGUACGACGUGGGUGGAGGCGAGAAGUUUGACUCUCUCACCGACUUGGUAGAGCACUACAAAAAGAACCCCAUGGUGGAAACUCUGGGCACCGUGCUUCAGUUAAAACAGCCCCUAAACACUACUCGCAUUAACGCGGCAGAGAUUGAAAGUCGAGUGAAGGAGCUGAGCAAACUAGCGGAUCCCACAGACAAGGUCAAACACGGCUUCUGGGAAGAAUUCGAGACCUUGCAACAACAAGAGUGCAAGCUGCUCUACAGUCGCAAAGAGGGCCAGAGAGCAGAGAACAAAAACAAGAACCGAUACAAGAACAUUCUGCCAUUCGACCACACGCGCGUUGUGCUGAAUGAUGGGGACCUAAAUGAGCCAGGCUCUGACUACAUCAACGCCAAUAUCAUCAUGGUAGUAUCCGCUGUCAUGCCGGAACUGGACCCAAAGUGUAACAGUACCAAGGUGAAGAAGAGCUACAUCGCCACUCAGGGCUGUCUGCAGAACACCAUCAGUGACUUCUGGAGGAUGGUGUUUCAGGAGAACUCUCGAGUCAUUGUCAUGACCACCAAAGAGGUGGAGAGGGGAAAGAGUAAAUGUGUGAAGUACUGGCCAGACGUGUCGGCUCUUAAGGAGUACGGCGCCAUGCGCGUUCGCAAUGUCAGAGAGACAGCUGCACAUGACUACAUCUUAAGAGAGCUCAAACUGUCCAAAGUAGGACAGGGGAACACAGAACGUACAGUUUGGCAGUACCACUUCAGGGCUUGGCCGGACCACGGCGUCCCCACUGACCCAGGUGGCGUACUCGACUUCUUGGAGGAAGUCAACCUGAAACAGGAGAGCAUAUUGGACGCUGGGCCUAUAGCGGUACACUGCAGUGCUGGGAUCGGGCGAACGGGAACGUUCAUAGUGAUUGACAUCCUGAUAGAUGUGAUCAGAGAAAAAGGGGUGGACUGCGACAUCGAUGUGCCAAAAAGCAUCCAGAUGGUUCGUUCUCAGCGCUCUGGGAUGGUACAGACUGAGGCGCAGUACAGAUUCAUCUACAUGGCUGUACAGCAUUACAUAGAGACAUUGCAGAGACGCAUCGAGGAAGAACAGAAAAGUAAGAUUAAAGGGCGUGAGUACACCAACAUUAAGUACUCUAUGUCUGACCUGACUGGAGGAGAGCAGAGCCCUUUGCCUCCUUGCACUCCUAUUCCUACUCCCACCUGCACAGAGAUGAGGGAGGACAGCUCCAGAGUGUAUGAAAACGUGGGCCUGAUGCAGCAGCAGAAGAGCUACAGAUGAGAUUCACCUUUGACACCAGUUCUCUAUCAGUUCCAAGAUCUUGAUACCUGACAAUUUAUUCGCCAGCCACACCUUGACGCCUGAGACUUGACCGCAAUGAACAAGGAACAGUGGACACACACACACACACACACACACACACACACACACACACACACACACACACACACACACACACAACAGAAAUGUGAGAGAGAUCAGACUCCAGGGUCCCCCUGUUCUCACUCAUCUUCCAUGAACAUUCACCCUCUAGUUGAAUUCUGAACCACUGUGAUCAUCAGAAGAGCCUUUGAGAAGCCUAACACACUAACUCCCUCACUUAAACCACCGUCUGAGUUAAGCUUCUGUAACUCACACUCGACAAGGGCUGCACACAGUGAGCACUCGCCUCAGACGGAAAGACCUAGCUAACCUUUGCUCAUCUCACAUUUUUCUGUUGUUGUUUUUUUUUUUUUUUAUUAACCAAAGGAAAGUUUAGAUUGGGUCAUGUCGAUGGAAGUGAGGAGUGACCCUUAUAUGGCCUGUAUCAAAAACCACAAAAGACUUGAUCCAUAUUUCUGGGCCAAUUGAAAGUCUCUUACUUGGCCUGAUGAGCAUUUAACACGGCAGGAGACGAGACAUAACUGGGGCAGAAUUUCCAGUGACUAUUUUCAAGUUUUCACUGUUUAUACAGAGAGCGAUGUUUCUGAAUGAAGAAGCGUUGCAAUCAUUGUAGUGUAAUAUCAUAUUUACAGUUGAUCUGUUUGUUCAUAAUCCGCUGACUUCUAAACAUGAUUUUCUUUUCUUUGUGCCAGAUCCACCUUGAAGAGAAAUGUAAAUUCAGGCUGUUCAGAGUAUGAAUUAUCUUUUAUUUCUACUUCACAUGGGUUUAAUAUGCUUUUGUUUGGAUACACAAUGUCUGUUAGUUAACCAUUCCUGAGCUCAAGCCUAAUGUCCUUAAUGCUGCACUUUUAUUUAGCAGCAUAACAGUUACAGUCGAGCCUUGAUUCACCGGGUGGAUUUAUAAAUAAUCUAAUCUGGAGUUACUGCAGGAGAAUCGGGAGGGGAGGGGCCGAACAUGUUUUGAUAAUUGCCCUCCUCUUUCACGCCUGCACGUCGGUGUCAAAGUGUGAUGACAUGACCUGACCCGACUCAGGGGGAGUCUGUUGUACAUCUCAUUUGCAGGCAUCGCCACAGAUGCACGACUGCCAAAAAGACAACAACUUUGUUUUUAAGGUUUUUUUGUUUUGAUUUUUGUGUAUAUUACUUUAUUUUCUCAUUCUUUCUUAUUCUUUUUAAAGAAAAUGCCUUUUGUGUACCAUUGCCUAUUUUGAGCACUACAUGUACUUAAGUUUAAGAGUCACUGUUAUAAAAAGCAGUCACACCUCUCAGCCUUGGCUCUUAAGACAGCCAUUCUAUGGUUAUAGAUUGUUGGGCCUGUGAUUGUUGCCUGGAUUCAGUAGUUACCCAAUACACACACACAUGCACACACAACUAUACAGUUUUGUUGUUUUCUGUUAACAUUAAUUGAAGAAAACUAUUUAAAUUUUACAUUUUGGGAAUUUUGCUCAUCCCGCUUUCUUCUGUCAGAUAAGAAGCUGUACUCCACUCUUAUGACCAUGCACUAAAUAUGAAGCUAGCCAGGAGCCUGGUAUCCUAAUAUUAAAACAAAAGAAAAGGGGGAAACAGCUGGACUUGCUUAGGCCAAAGGAGACGGCAAGACUCCAGAAACUCUUUGUUUAACACAAAUGUUUUUUUUAAGGGUUAAACAAACAAGAUAUUAUGUUUUGAUUAUAAUUUUUUUUUUUUAAAUGGCCUCAAAAAGAUAAAAUCGAUACCACUAUCAUGUCUGUAUGCUAAAAAUGAAGCCACAUACAAUGGCUGAUUAGCUUAGCUUAGCAUAAUUAAGCACAACGUUUGGAAACUGGUGGAAGGGGCUAGCCUGACAAAAACCACCAGCAUCUCCAAAGCUCAGUAAUUAACUAAUCACGUCCUGUUUGUUUAAUCUUUAAAAAAAAAAAAAUUUAAAUUAAAAAUGUAAAAAGGACUAGUUGCAGUUCACAAGGUGUUUUUAAUCAAGAUGAAGCUAAGCUAACUAUUUCCUAGCUAAGACAAGCUAAUUGCCCGCCAGCUCUGGUGUCAUAUGUAGUGUAGAAAUAUGAGAGUUGUGUCAAGCUGCUCAUCUAACUCUGUACAAGGAAGCGAAUAAGCUAAUUACCAAGGAUGUUGACUAUACUUUUAACGCGAUCUUCUCAAUCAGUUGCAGUAUUUAGGGACAUUGAAUAUUUUCUAUUCUAGUGAAAAACCCACUCGCACUCGUAACUCAUUUCAAACAUGUGGCUUAAGUAUUUUCAUUUGUCAAGCCUUCCCUGCUUCUGCAAAUUCGCUCACCAUCACUCGCCUUGAGAAACUGCAGUCUUGUGAUUGAACUUACCGUAACAGUGCUGACUCCCGACUAUCGAUUAAGAAAAGGAAAGACGCAGCACUUCUCUUUGCCUUUUGAGGGACAGUUCUGAACCACCACUGAUCCAGGAUUGAACAGCUUCUUCGUGUGACAUUAAAAAAAAUCAUGAAAUGAGUGUUGUUUUUCUUCCGGGGCUGCUUCCUCCCACCGGAAGACUCAACAAUAUCACUCGGCUGCUGCUUCACAGCAAGUGUUCUUUAAAACUUCUCUGAACGCCAUCCACUGACUGAGCUAACGUGAUCUGCAGUGUGGUGUUUUGUAUGCAGUUUUAUCGUGGAAUGGAUGAGUUUGUACUUGUCUCAUGUUUAGUGCAGUGCUUGUUUGUGGUGUUUUGUGUCCUGUGGUAUGUGUGUGCAGGGAUGUGUGGAUGAGCUGUGAGAGUGGCUUCCUUAUUAGCCAUAAUUUCUUGGAUACAUUUUUUAUUCUUUGCAGAUGAUAAAACUGCUUUCCAUAUAUCAUGUAAGCAAUUUAGAUGCAUAGAUGUGCCUUCUAUGCAUAUGCCUAUGUGUAUGUGAUAGGUAUUACACAAAACAGUGCUCUUUAGUUUCCACCGCCAUUCAAGAACCUGUAACACUUAAAUGUGAAUUCUGUCAUCUUGAACAAAAAAAAGGAGAAACGGUGAUCGCGAUGCAAACACACUAUAUUUUUUAACAUGUAUACUGUACAUGAGUACCAGGUAGAGGAGAAUGUACUUACCAAAAUAUAUCUACUUGCCAAUAAGAUAUACUGUAUGUAUAUUCCUACAGCUUUCUCUCUGUGACACAGGGAGGGACCUCUCACAGCGCUUAAGAGGUUUAUUGUAUGACUUUCCAUGCAGUUAACCAUGUUAACUUCCUCUAACAAUAAAUGGCUAGCUCAUGCCUCAUUAA